AUGAUCAAGCUCGUCUAUGUUAUUGAGAGACGUCCAGAUAUGCCAGAGAAAGCCUUCUACGAUUACUGGCUGAACAAACAUGGACCGUUAGUUCGUCGCCAUGCGAAAGCAAUUCGCGCCAAGAAAUACGUGCAAAGCCAUCUAAUCGAGACACCGAUCAACGAGGCGCUACGCAGCGCCCGCAAUAUGCUCGGUCCAGUUGCGGGGAUCACAGAAGUGUGGUGGGAUAGUGUCGAGGAUUUCCAAGCAGGCCUUUCAACACCUGAUGGACAAGCCGCUGCUGCUGAGUUAUCGGCUGACGAGGAUAAAUUUAUCGAUGUCAAGAAGUCCCGCGUGUUCAUGACGAAAGAACAUGUCAUCUUCGACUACACCGACAAGAAGCCCUUGGGAGGCCAGGCUAUCAAGUGUACCUACCUGUUGACGAGGCGAGACAACCUCAGUCAAGAAGCAUGCCAUAAGACGUGGCUAGAAGAUCAUGGGCCAUUCGUGAAUCAAUUUGCGGAUGUGUCAAAUAUGGCCAAGUAUAUACAGAGUCAUACGAUCGCCCCUGAGCUUAAUGCCAGCAUAGGCAAAGGCCGUGGGCUAGCGGCGCCACUUGAUGGGAUCACAGAAGUGUGGUUCGACGACCCAGGCAAGAGUCAGGCCACAGAGGAAGCUCAGAAGGCUGAUGAAGCUAUGGUUAAAGAUGAAAGGCGGUUUGUUGAUAUGGGCAGGUCACACUGCUUCAUCACAAAGGAGUAUGUUAUUUUUGACUACUCUAAUAGUGUCAGCUCAGCAGCAUUAUGA